AUGGCGGGAGCAGUGAGACAACCCAUCGAUGUUGCACGAUUGAGUGCGUAUGUUGAACAGAAUGUGGAUCAAAUCUCUCUUCCUAUCAGCUUGAAGCAGUUUGGUCAUGGCCAGUCCAAUCCCACAUAUCAAGUUACGUCGGCAACAGGUCUCAAAUUUGUCUUGAGGAAGAAGCCCCCAGGGAAGCUUCUCUCUAAGAGCGCACACGCGAUUGAGAGAGAGUAUGAGAUCAUCAAAGCAUUAGAGGCGACUGAUAUUCCUGUACCCAAGUUGUAUUGUUUGUGUGAGGACGUUUCUAUCAUUGGGACGCCAUUCUAUAUAAUGGCAUUUCUCGAUGGCAGAAUAUUUGAAGAACCUUGGCUGCCGAGCCUUAGCCCUGAAGAGCGCACUCUGAUCUGGAAGGAGGCAGUUCAUACGCUUGCGAAACUGCACUCUGUUAACUUAACAGGCAUUGGGUUGCACAGCUGGAAACGGCCCACUAGCUUUUACACGCGCCAGAUCAAAGCCUUAUCAAAAACAUCUGAGGCCCAAGCGAGCACUGCAAGUCAGCCAGGGGCACAGAAUGUUGGAAAGUUGCCCUAUUAUGAUCAGCUAAUCAGCUUCUUCACGGACCACAAAACCCACCCGCCCGAUGUGAGGAGGUUGGUGCAUGGAGACUUCAAACUUGACAAUCUGGUGUUUCACAAGACCGAGCCUAGAGUGAUUGGCAUUUUGGACUGGGAAAUGGCAACAGAAGGCCAUCCGCUAUCUGACCUGGCCAACUUGCUCAUGCCUUUCAGUUGGGAACCGCAACAAGUGCCGUUUCUCACAUCGGAGACUUUGACACCAGAGCUGAAGGAUCUUCAAUCAAAGUUCCAACCAUGCAACGUCGCAGGAAUUCCUAGCAUGCAGCAGUGUCAAGAGUGGUAUUGGGGCGGAGUGGACUGGGAUGCUGGAGGGUAUCUUGAUUGGGGUGUUGCAUUUAGUAACUUCCGUACGGCUGUCGUCAUGCAGGGCAUCGCUGCUAGAAUCGUAAGGGGCCAGGCCAGCGGUAGCAAGGCGAGAGAGUUUGCGCGGCAGACUUUGGCGUAUGCAUCAUGGGGAUAUGCACGAGUCGAGAAACUCCAGCAGCGACUACGACUGCGCAGCAAGAUUUAG